AAUGGAGCUCAUCAGCGUACUGUAAUUACACCAACAGUGUUCCUAAUUCCAUAAUUUUCUAGGGUUUUUUGUCCAACUGCUUCAUCUCCAUCAACAACAAUUGAGCUGAAAUUCGCAAUUUGAGGCUGGAACGUGACAACACGAAGACGGAAUAUGGCUGUGCUAGAGGAUUCUGAGCUAGAAUCGAAAUCGCAGAAGAAAAAACCACUUUCCGAAGAUGAAAAAAGGAGAAAGAAAAUCACACCAGGUAGUUUGAUGAAAGCUUUGGUAAGACCUGGAGCUGCAGACAAGGCACCUUCUGAUGGUGAUCAGGUUAUAUAUCACUGCACAAUCCGUACACUUGAUGGAGUUGUUGUUGAGUCGACACGGGCAGAGUUUGGAGGCAACGGCGUCCCGAAAAGGCAAGUUUUGGGUAAAAGCAAGAUGAUAUUGGGAUUGUUAGAAGGCAUUCCGACAAUGUUUCUUGGUGAAGUUGCUGUGUUCAAGAUGAAACCUGAGCUGCAUUAUGGUGAGGAGGGCUGCCCCGUUUCAGUUUCUGGUAGCUUCCCCAAGGAUGACGAACUUCAUUUUGAGAUUGAGUUGAUUGAUUUCUCCAAAGCCAAGGUGGUUACUGAAGAUUUGGGGGUUAUAAAGAAGGUGAAGGAAGAAGGACAGGGCUGGGAACAACCCAGGGAGCCGUAUGAAGUAAAAGUUUGGAUUUCAGCCAAGUCAGGAGAUGGAAAAAUGAUUUUUUCACAUACAGAAGGAGAACCCUUUAUCUUUACGUUUGGGAAAUCUGAGAUUCCAAAAGGUCUUCAGAUGGGAAUCGGGACAAUGUCGCGUGGAGAAAAGGCCGUAAUUUAUGUCAUGAAGGAGUAUUUAUGUGAGUGCCCUAUCAUUCCCUCCCUUACAGGCAUCACUGAAAUCCACUUUGAAGUUGAGCUGGUACACUUUAUUCAGGUCCGGGAUGUUUUGGGAGAUGGGCGACUAAUAAAACGCCGUUUACGUGAUGGAAGAGGUGAAUUUCCAAUGGAUUGCCCGCUACAAGACAGUCUGUUGCAAGUACAUUACAAGGGUAUGCUUCUCAAUGAAGAAAAGACCAUUUUUUACGAUACACGAGUUAAUAACAACGGUCAGCCUUUUGAGUUCAGAUCAGGAGAAGGCCUUGUACCUGAAGGGCUCGAAAUGUGCACCCGAUUGAUGUUGCCUGGCGAGAUAGCUUUAGUAACAUGCCCCCCUGAUUUUGCUUACGACAAGUUUCCACGACCAGCAGAAGUACCUGAGGGUGCUCAUGUCCAAUGGGAGAUCGAACUUCUUGAUUAUGAGAAGCAAAAGGAUUGGACUGGUUUCAACUUCAGAGAAAUAAUGGACGAUGUCGAGAAGAUUAAAAGCACGGGAAACCGGUUAUUCAAAGAAGGAAAGUACGACCUUGCUAAGGCGAAAUAUGAGCAUGUUCUACGGGAAUUCAAUCAUGUUAAUCCUCAAGAUGACCAGGAGGGUAAAGAGUUUUCAGAUACAAGAAAUUUGUUGAACCUAAAUGUGGCUGCCUGUUGGUUGAAAUUGGGUGAGUUCAGGAAGUCGAUAGAAGCCUGCAACAAGGUGUUGGACACGAACCCGUAUCACGUUAAAGCUCUCUACCGACGUGGAAUGGCCUACAUGGAUGCUGGAGAUUUCGAAGAAGCCAGAGCUGAUUUCAAUCAGAUGAUGACUGCUGAUAAAUCGUCGGAGCCAACGGCAAAGGCAGCACUUCUUAAGCUUAGGAAGGAAGAACAGGAACUCCAGCGAAGAACCCGUCAACAGUUCAAGGGAUUGUUCGACAAGAAACCCGGUGAGAUUUCCGAGGUGGGCAGUCGGGAUUCAGGACAAGAAGAAGAGGAUCCCGACAAAAUUCGUGAAGCCGGUAAGGAUGAGACAGAAAAGGAGCAUGUUCUUGAGGCUACUGAGCCUCGGUCGACCGUAUGGUCCCGAAUAUGGCCUGCUGGGAGAAGACUCUUUCAUGCCUUUGGGUUGGACAAAUGCACCAUAUUGUGAUUCCAAUGCUUUGGAAAUAAGGUCGGUUUUAUAGUUUCUUUGUUUGUUGGUUUUUUAAGGAAAACAGAUUUCUACAUAGAAAUAUGGAGAAGAAAUAACAAAAUUGUACCGAGAGAUUAAUUAUAUAUAGGAAUAGGAAUUGGAAGUGAAAAAUGUGAUUUAUAUUGGUGCCAAGAAUUGUGGGUUCUGAUUAAAUAAAUAAAAAGACUAGUUAUGGUGCUGGUUA